GGGAGCGGCUCCGGGCGGGCCAUGGGGCGGGCGUGAGGGGCGGUGGGGCCGCCAUGAGGUACAACGAGAGGGAGCUGCUGUCCCUGGCCCGGCAGCCCGCUGAGAAGGCGGCCGAGAUCUUGAUGCGGGUGCCCAAGAAAGGGAGCGUGUUAAAGAAACGCCUCGUGAAGCUGGUUGUCAACUUUCUCUUCUACUUCCGGACGGACGAAGCGGAGCCCAUUGGAGCUCUGCUGCUGGAGCACUGCAGGAUCACCAAAGAGGAGGAGAACGUCUUCUCAAUCAGUUUCAUUGAGGAGCCCGAGAGGAAAUACUGCUUCGAAUGUGACAGUGAGGAGCAGUGUCAGGAGUGGAUUGAGGCACUCAAGAGAGCCAGCUACGAGUUCAUGAGGAGGAGCUUGAUCUUCUACAGGAAUGAGAUCCAGAAAAUGACAGGGAAGGACCCCCUGGAGCAGUAUGGGAUCUCGGAGGAAGCCCGCUUCCAGCUGGGAACACGCAGGCAGUAAUCCCCUCUCUGGAGCUGCCCCGGUGCCUGGCCCCAGGCUCCCCUCCCCGGGGACAGCAGCAGCAGUGACCAAGGGACUUUUUAAUUUAUUAGCCACAUCAUUUUGUAUGAUUUUUUUAACACGGAAUUCUUUGCACAUUCCCCCUUGCCCCAGCUCUGGAGGCAGCCAGGCUUAACUGCUGCACUGGUGGCAUGAGAGCAGAGGAGGCAGGGACUGAACAGAGCUGCAGCACCCGCUGUUCUCUGCUGCUGGGGCAGGUCCUGAGCCAGCUCCAGCCCUCCUCUUCCUCCCCUCCUGCAGGGAGCUACUCAGCUUUUCUGGCUCAGGAUCUUCCUGCAAUCUGCAGGGGUUGUUCAGCCCCUCCUGGCAGAGGAUGCUCCACUUGAUGGCAUUUCUGUGCUUGCAGGGUUAACCCUGUCCCAUCCACUCCUGCUCAUUGCAAAGCCAUUCCAUGCUCACCAAGCCUGAUGGUGCAGAGGAGCUGGAAGCCUUCCACUAACAACAGGAGAGCUCAGCUGCAGGUGACAGGGGGUGACGUCCCCUGUGACAAGGCAGCCACUAGCACCGGCCUCUGGAGUGGUUUCCUUCUUUCUCCCUCCUCUGGGCAGGUUGUUUCAGUUCCUAGAGCCUGGAGGAGCCCACGCUGCAGCCCACUCAGAGCACUCCACAAAUGCAUUUGAAAGCAAAGCUGAAAGCACAGGGAGCAGAAAGCAGAGUGGGACCCAUGGAGGGGGCCAGGAAGGAAGCCAGGUGGAGGUUUGGAAAGAUGGGAACUGCUCCACUUUGGCUGGAGGUUGUGGCUUCAGGCCCUGCAGAAGUUAAUCCUGGUGAGCGUGUGGGAGCUGGGCAGUAACCCUUCAUCCCCUGAGUUCCUGCAGCAUUCCUCCCCUUUGUAAGCAUCCGAAGAGAAAGACUGGGACACUGGAAGACCAGGACACUGUGCCACAGUCAUGGUGAGCUGCCAGGGAACAGGCGCUGCCAUCCCUGGGGCUUCUGCAGUGAGGGGGUGCCAAGGAACAUCCCUCCUCGAGGCUCUGGCUGCACAAAGGAAAACUGCCCAGGGAUGAGGGGUGGAAGGACCCGCACCCCGAGGCUGCAGGAGACCCAGAUUCCUGACGCCCACAGCAGCAGAGGAUGCAGCUGGCAGCAGCUGCCUGGAACUAGAUCAGGAAAACCUCCAGGAACCCCUGGGAGGGUCCCAGGUACCGUUGUCAGGCCCUUGAUGACAGAAGGGACUCGGGCAGAUGCAGCACAAGAUGAACUUUGGGGGUUCACCUGGGUAGCAGGAGCGCUGCCGCAGCCAACAGCACAGGGUAAGCGAGGGGCAGCCUGUGCUGUGAGCUGGGCUGGAAGGGAAGCUCUGACUCUCUUCCUCUGGGAAUUGAUGCUGAAAUGAGCCUGUAUUGUGAGCCCCAGUGACCUGGCCUGGCCUCAUCUCAUGCUGCUGGGCACCGGGAGAGUGGCAGAUGUCACUGAUGCUUUAGGUUCAGUCUCCAAGCCAAGGUUUUUCCUUUCCCUCCCCAGAUAGUCCCUUUCCUUUCAAUCAUUCCAGGUGCUUGCUCCAGAAAUUGCCAAAAGAAGCCGAGGGGCAGCUGGCCUGCACAAUAAGCUGAGGGCAUGAUGAGGUGGAAGCAGAACCCAGGGUGGUUUGGAAGACAGAUGGCAGCUCUAGUGGAAGCAGCAGUGAGGGAUUAAAGGCAGGAACACAAAGCUUGUGCUUUAGGGAAUUAGUGUCCUCAGCUCAGUUUAAUCCUCACAAGCCUCCUCUGCUUUACCUCAGUGCAGGGGCAUGUUCCUGCCGUGCUGGUGGGUGCACAGCAGCUUUACUGACUGUGACAGAACCUGGUCUGGUCGCUUGCGAGGACGGAUGGGUGGAUGUGGAUGCAGCUCCAGCUUCAGGGUUGCUUUGCCAGCCAGGAACGCUGCUGCAGCGCCGCUUUAGGGGCAGAAACCCGAACUGAGCCCCCCGGGGUUCAGCAUCCGUGACUCCAUCAAUGCACAAAGUCAAUCCAUACAUGAACCCUGCGAAUUCUGCCACAUUCAAUCGUUUCCAGCCAGCAAGCAGCAGCUCAUACCCUGCUGCCCUCAGGAACAGCCCCUUCUCAACCUCGUGCCUUUCAGCUCCUGGCAGAGCUGCCACCCGCCACCUUCACUGUACCUAAAAAUGGGCAUUUUCUGUUAUGGGAACAGUUGGGGGAGCAGGAGAGAAUCCCACCCCCUAUUUAAGAGGUUGAUGACAUUUCUGACCUGAAUGUAAGACAAAUGCUGUGAAGCCUUACAUGGGCCCGUGGCCGGCCCGGUAAGUAACUUGGAUCCACUUCCAGACUAGUGUAGGACACUGGGUGAGCUUUCAGGAGGAUGGUACUGCCAAGACACCUCGAGAUGCACAUCGACUGGUUGUGAAUUGUGGACUAUUGGUCAUGUUUCCUCCUCUGGUCACUGUGCUUUUGUAUUUCAGUGCUGUGUACAGGCUCCCGAUGGUGUCCUGAAGCCGUUUAUCUGUUGUACAGCGACCUUUCCAAUAAACACUUGUUUUAAUCUUG